UAGCAUCCCGCUAUCACGAUCGAGCUACCAGGCUCUCGUACGGCCGUCAGGCUAUUUGGACGUUUGGUGGGAGUCCGUGAUUGCUCGUUCCGCACGGAUUUCCCGAAACACCCCCAAAACGGCAACCCGUCGUCGUCGUGGUGCUGCCGGGGCCCCGCCGUUAGCCGGGACAGAUCGCGAGAAGGGAGCUUGGCAGAAUCGGUCGCGCGAUCGGCCAGAGGAUCGGCCUCCUCGUGCGCGACCGGCUCCACCGCCACCACCUACGCCGCUUACUGGCGGCCCAGUGAAAUGGAGGAGAAGUCCUCGGCUCGGUUCUCCGAGUAUCUGUUCGCCAAGAUGGAUGGGCAGGACGUCUCGGCCUCUCAGGGUCCCCGUAAGGUGACCGCCGACACCAGAAAGUUCAUGCGAGAGAACCUUCUUCUCGUGGUCACCCUCUCCGGCGUGUUGUUCGGCAUGAUACUUGGAUUCGGUCUGCGACCCCUGGGCCUCGGCGAUGACGCAGUUAUGUUAAUCAGUUAUCCUGGAGAGCUCUUCAUGAGGCUGUUGAAGUUAAUGAUCUUGCCGCUGGUGAUCGCCAGCCUUAUAUCUGGUUCAGCGAGCUUGAACGCAAGAAUGAACGGAAUGAUCGCCGUACGCACGCUGGUCUACUUUAUACUCACCUCCUUGUUGAACGCUGUCCUCGGCGUUAUCCUCGUUCUCCUUAUUCACCCGGGUAAUCCUGGCAUUCGAAGAUCGAUGGCAACCUCGCACAACGGACGAGCCGUCAACAUCCUUGACAGCCUUCUGGAUUUGGGAAGGAACAUGUUCCCGGACAAUAUAUUCCAGGCAGCGUUCCAGCAGGCACACACGGUGUACGUUCCAAAGACUCAACCGUUUCGGAACCUGACCGACACCAUGUCCACGGAGGUCCUGGGAGAUGUGGAGCUGACGAGAGUGACUCAGUACAGGAGUGGGACGAACACGUUGGGCAUAGUUUUCUUCUGUUUGGUCUUUGGAACGUUCUUAGGUACGCUCGGCGAAAAGGGCCAGAUCGUGAUCGACUUCUUCAAGGCUGUUUUCGAAGUCAUCAUGCGAAUGGUGUCGACCGUGAUGUGGAUGACUCCAGUGGGCAUCACCUCCGUAAUUGCCGGGAAAAUACUGGGCGUGACCGAUCUGGCGUUGGUGAUGUCGCAGCUCGCUUGGUUCAUCGUCACGAUCGUGAUCGGUGUCUUUUUCUAUCAGCUGGUGAUCAUGCAGCUGAUCUACCUCGCCAUCGUGAGAAAGAAUCCUUUUAAAUUCUAUGCCGGCCUCGCCCAGGGUACCCUCACCGCCUUCGCCAUGGCAUCAACGGCUGCCGCGCUUCCUGUCACGUUCCGCCUGAUGACGGACAAACUCAGAGUCGAUCCCCGAGUCACCAGAUUCGUUCUACCGAUCGGGUGCAACAUUAACAUGGACGGGACGGCUCUGUUCGUCGCGGUUGCAAGUAUAUUCAUCGCGCAGAUGCAUGGCAUCGCUUUGGGCUUCGGCGAAAUCGUAACCGUAAUCUUAACGUCGACCGCCGCUUCCGUGUCGUCGGCUUCGGUGCCAAGCGCCGCCCUCGUACUUUUGCUGGUCGUUUUGAGCGCCAUCGACGCUCCGGUAUAUAAUGUCUCGUUGCUGUUUACCAUCGAUUGGUUCGUGGAUCGCAUACGAACCACAAACAACAUGCUGGGCGAUUGUUACGCUGCUGCCGUGGUCGAGCAAUUAUCGAAGAAAGAAUUGAUGGCUUUGGACGCGGCAGCCUAUCAGUCGGAGACCGUUCUACCGACGACGAUCGCGAACGGAUGCAUUUCCGCCAAUAGAGUACCUGAUCCUGACACCAUCGUAGUUGAGAUGCAGGACGAUUCGAGGAUAGCCGGCAUCGCCAACAUCAGCGUGUUGCAGAUGCCCAGGAGCGUGACGGAGGAGACAGUUUGACCACUGAUUCAUCCCGAGUUUAGCUCGAAACGCGUCCCGUGCAUAUCGUUAACGAACGCACACUGUCUUCUCGGGAAAGUUAUAAAAGAACGAUGCGUUUCAACGAGGAUCGAAAAGAGGACACGUCGGGCACCCGAUCCGUCUGUUCAACGCGUCAUAUUUUGCCGUUCCGUCGAUGCCACGGAACUUCGUGAAUCGCGAGUGCUCGUAAGGAACAAUUCGAACGCAAGUUUCGCCGUGAAGAUCGUUCGUUUCCGAAAUGGGUAACGCGUUUAACGGUAUAUCAAAAACAAAGUCAAUAUCAAGGAGUGCGCA